UGACGCAAUUUUUGCCUUGUUGGAAGGUGGUUCGAGCAGGAAGUGCUUUGAAGGCUGACGGAACAGCACGGGUUUGUUGAGAAGGGAAAGCAUUAGACGUCCAGUUCUACUCACUCGAAUGGUAGUAAGCCUACUGUUAUUCAACGAUGUCCAUGACUGAGGAUCUUCCGGAGAUGGACGGAACAGACUUGUUAGGUCUGCUGUUCCAGGAUGUGCAGGAUGGAUCUACUGACCCCUUCUUUCCUGAUGGGAACGGGCUCAUUGAGUCUUGGCUGUCUGAACAAGAUAUGCUGACUGGUAUGGAUACUGAAGACUUUCUGUCCAGCCUGCUGGAGAAUGAGGACAACAGCGGUACGUUCUGUCCCUCUCAUUCCCCUUUGGGCAGUGACAGCGGCAUUUCUGAUGACAGCAGCACUGGAGCUGGAAGCAACAAUGUUCCGGGAUGCCCCAGUCCCCACGGCAGUGAUAGUGACGUCGUGCCCAGUCCCAGGUACUCACAGCCCAGUCCUGUGAACUUUGAACCCGGCCGGGCACCAGAUGAGCUGCACACAGAGAACCUGGAGGCUUUAUCUGUCCAAGCGGAUCACAGUUACUCUAUGCUGCAAUGUGGUGGAAAAGACAUGGAUGUCCUGGAGAGUGUGAGGUCCGAGAGGCCAGACACAGAUGUCUUUAUUGAUCUGGAUGAUCUGGUGACUGAGGAAAUGGAAGAAGAUGUCACCAGUGAGCUGCCCUGUACUUUAGCCAUAGAGGACUCAACAGAUUUCUCAGAAAACAACAUAGACCAGUUCCAGUUUAAAGAAAUGGUUCUUACUGAGGAAGAGAAACGACUUCUGGCAAAGGACGGCCUCACCAUCCCCACACACAUGCCCCUUACAAAGGCAGAGGAGAGAACUCUAAAGAGGAUCAGGAGGAAGAUCCGCAACAAGCAGUCUGCUCAGGAGAGCCGCAAGAAGAAGAAGGUGUACGUUGAUGGUCUGGAGAACAGGGUUGCCAUCUGUACUGCACACAACCUGGAAUUACAGAAGAAAGUCCAGUUGCUCCAGAAACAGAACAUUUCCUUGAUAGAGCAGCUGAAGAAGCUACAAGCUGUUGUAAAGAUUUCAACAAUGAAGGCCAGCACCACCAGCACUUGUGUUAUGGUAUUUCUGCUCUCGUUCUGCCUCAUCAUCUUCCCAUCAGUCAAUCCAUUUGGUGGGAACACGGAACAGAAGGAAGUCUACACGCCCUCCUCCAUCUUCUCCCGAACCCUACGCUCAGUGCCACAGGACAGCUCCUACACCAUGCCCUACGUGGAGCCAGAGGAGGAUCUGAUUCCUUUUGUAGGUCAAGCAGGGGUAGAAACCACCAAUGCCAACUUUGCCGUCAGCCAGAAGAACCACACGCCUGACUUCCAGAUGGUGGAGCAACCCGACUCAGAGACCGGCAUCAACAGCAACUACUCGGCAGACUUCCCGAGUUCUGGUCAGUCCUUGGACAUGAAGCCAGGUGCAGGUGGUGUGUUAGAGGCUCUGCCUGAUGGAUCCAUUGACCCGGCUGCAGCUUCGCCUGUGGCCUAUGAGGUGACCGGCUCCAAGGAUACCUGGAUAGACCGGAACCCUCCUUCUGUCAUAUUACAACAGCAUCACUCUGACGAAAUGUAACAGGCAUAUAUUAGUCACAGCCAGUAGAGGGAGCUAUAAUCCUACUGUUGGGGAAACUUGAACUUGCCUAAUGAAUAAUUUUAAUGAAGGGAAAAUUAUUUUAAUCACUCAAGCCUCAGAUCAGUCCGUCCCAACGUUACCCCUCGAAAACAGCCAAAUUUUACUACUGUUAACUUUCUUUGCACAUAAUUUAUUUCCUCGGAAUGAGCAAGAAAAAGAGAUUUAAAUGAUUUAGCAGCAUCUACUACCUAAAGGAAAUCGAGAUUUAGGAAGGUGGUGUUAAUGGCUUUGGAGAACAAACACAACCUCCUCUGACCACUGCAGGGUCCUUUACAAAAAAGUGGUCGAAAAAAACUACUGGCGGUAAGCCGUCUUCAGUGUAAUCUACUCUUUUUAACCCAAAAGUCAUGAUAAGUUAUUUUGCACAGCAACAUAGGAAUCAACCUCCUUUGCAUAGUAGAAAAGAAGCUGCUUAAAAUCAUCAAAGAUGACGUUGAUCACGUUGCUUAAGCCAUUGCAGGACAUUUGGCCAUUUAGAAGAAUUGUAAAGUUUGUUUGCUGUUUCCUUGUAACAAGGGUAUCCAUGCACCUUUUUAUUAUUUUAUUUUAUUAUUGUUUUCUGCAUUAUGUACAGAACAAAAAAUUAAAAUGUAGAGCAAGACCUCAGCUGAUGGUUAGCCAACCUGCCCCGACCACCUCCUGUCAUACAGUGUAAUUCUGCAGGUCUCAGCCCUGUUAUAAACCCUCAUCAUUAUCCAUGUAGACUGAUUACGGCGUUAAAUACAUUUACUCAAUAAACUGUUGCAGUAAACAUUUAUGCAAAAAUGUGAUGAACUGUUUAGUCAGUGAGGCAUUUUUGUUAUUUUUUUUUAAUGUUUCAUGAUUUUGGUUACUGUUGGUAGUAAAUUCAGCAUAAAUUGUACUGGAACUGUUUUGUUUUUUUUUUGUUGGUAAAAUCAAGACUUAAGUGUUGCUCCUGUUGAACAGAUGCACUGACAUUUGUGCAAAACUUAAAUGUAAAUAGUAAUCAGUGAUUGUAGCUCUUCUGUAUAUUUGAACUUUUAAUGGAUAAACAUGCCUGGACAGCUAUAAUAAUAAACUUUUUAUAUUUCAGAAAG